GUAAUACUGUGGAAAAAAACCAAAACACAAAAGAUUAAAAUGUUCAGCUGGAUCAAAGAAGGAAGCAGCAGGAAUGUGCAUGGUGUUAUCAGGAGAAGCAGAGGUGAGUGAUUCUGUGCCUUUCAUGAUCUGUGUGACCUUAUGCCAAGGCAAGGUAAUUGAGAAAUUAGCAGAGUUUUUAGUUAUGUUUGUAAUCACUAGUCCACCUGAUUCCAAAUUGUGAGCCAUUUCUAUAUGCAGUGAAGUGAAUGCUUGGUGACUCAUUGUGUGCCCCCAUUUACAGUGGAUCUGGUCCUGAAGGAGUGUUCAGCAGUGGAGAAAAGAUUGUGAAAUGUGAAUGUCAGAUAGGAGACGUUUCAAGGGGGAUGUCCUGUGCAGGAACAGAGCAUGUGCAUAACUCUGUCUUCAACUAGAAGAGAAAGUUCAAAUGCACUGCUAUCAUUUUAAUAUGCUAUGAAUCCAGAAAGAUAGUUUUGAAUCAAUAAACUUGUGCCAUCUGCAAGAGUCUGUCCCUGGAUUGUGUCAGUCUGACAUUCUCAAACAUCAAGCACUAACUCAAAAUGGAUGAAUUUUUCUAGUCUAGGCACUGGCUGCAAAGUGCUUUGGCUCCAGCCAUUCUCCCAUUUCUGGAUCAUUUCAGAUAAGAGAUACAUGUUGUCUUGAUGCAGGAAGACUACUUUGAUACCUAACAGCAUACCUAACAACCUUCUGUUGUAGUGGGAGAGAAAGAGGUCAGGGGUCUGUACUUUUUGUUGGAAAUAUCAUAUCCAAUUGCUGAAAUAACCCAGCAGUUACUGCUUCAAUGCCAGUCUACAUACCACUCCCUGUAAAGCUGAGACUUAGUCUCUUUUUAGACAGCAGUGUACAGGGGCAACUAUGUUCUUUCAAGCCUUCCAGGAGUCUUGUUCUUGCUGUGACCAUCUUCCCUCAUCUGAGGGUGUAAUGUCUGCUUUCUCUUUUUUUUCUGUUUUUGGCAGUUUUACUCCCAUCUCAAUGACCCAGGCCAUUCCAAUUCCAGGGCACUUUGCAUGAUCUGAUGAUGGAGGGGGAGCACCCUCAGCAAUAUGUAAGGCCAGGGCCAGAAGGGUAUAUGAUAACCCUGGCAAUGAUGCUUUGACUGGUGAAGACUAGGAAUAUUAUGUUGUCCAUUGAAAAAUUCCUCAAACUGGUCUUGUUUCUGGCAAGCUACCUUUAGAUAGGUCAGAAGGACAAUUUUGCAGUGAGAAUGAGACGUGUUUGGUAUAUUUAUAGUGGCUAAUGACUGUAUGCAGCAUGUUUUGUAUGUGAUCAGGAACACUGGAAAGUGCACCAUAUGUGGCACCUCAGCAGCAAGAAGUGAGAUUUGGAGAGUGAUAGGCCAUUCAGAUGGGUCAUUCAGUCUGGGCUAAUAGUUGACCUGAAGUAGUUUUUGUUAGUUUAAAUUUUGACCUAGUUUAGUGUUUAGUUUUUAAGAAUUAUUCCAAGGAGACCUUGAGGUGGCAGUUGUUUUCACAUUGUUCGUUUCUAGUUGAGUUUGCUAUUACCAAAAGGAAGGCAUGGGACAGCUUUGGUUGUGCUUGAUUGAAAGUAACAUCUGCAAUAAUCAGCUAGUUUGACCACGUCUGAGUGUAAGGGAGCUGGUGGUCACAGAACAGCCAAGUCUGGGUACAGAGCCAAGGGUUGGCUCAAUAGCCAACCGUUAUGAUUGAGCAGGAGCAAAACACUGGGAAAAUCCAUUAGUAUCACACACUAGCAGAACUCAGGCACCUGUAGAUGCCAUUCUUGUUCAAAUCCAGCCUGCUCAAUCUCCAAUUUCUGGUGAGAGAACUUGCAAAAUGGGAAACAUCUGUGAUUUGAAGGUUACCUCCCCAUGUGACAUCAGGUGUAUAUACAGAUGACAGUGAAAUUUGUACAUAGUGAUGUAUGUAAAUGAUACAAUUUGUCUUGGAGCAAGAUGAAAGGGCAAAUCUUUCAAUCUGAACUGAUUGUUUAUGAGAAUCUCCUAUGCAAUUAGGUUGAUAUUACAUUGAUAAAUACAGCCAGUGAUUAAGCUGCAUUUGUUUACAAUUCUGGCUACUGAGCCUAAAAAUUCAAGCAUUAAGCAGGGACUUAGAAGUCACACUUUGACAUUGUGCAGAAUUUGAGAAUGACUCUAUCAGCUGGACUUGGUGCAUUUGACUGCUGAGCAGUCAGCAGUUCCCUAAUUCCCUGCCAGGCACUGACUGUGACAUGAAUACUGAUCUACUGUACUGCUCCUUGGUGCUACUGUCAGAAUAUUGCUCAUACUAGAUUUAAAUCUGCAAGGAGAUAAAGUGUAUUUGUUGCUUGCAUCAACCGAUAUCCAGGUAUUAGAAAGAUAAAUUGCUUGUUGAUAGAAUUGCCCUGUUAAGGUUUAGGGCUUGACAUGCUUCAAUGAUCUCAGACCUAGGGGGAGGUUAACAAAGUUUGGGGAGAACGAGGUACUACUACACUGGAUGCAAAGAAUGCAAAAUUUAUGGACCACAAGGACAUUUGGCAGAACUCCCAAAAUCUCCAGCAUGCGGCUUUGGGCUGCUGCCAAUGGACUGAAGAGACAGCAUGCUGCUUUAGGUUUGGGGAUGUUCCAUGGUCUCCUCUCCUCCAAUAUAGGCAAAUGCGAUUAAAAAAAAAAUCUUUGUGAUGUAUCUGUCAAACUAUAUCUGGCUGCCACUUUAUCGUGAAUAUUCAUAGUGCUGUUUGUAGUAUGAGGUAGGUAAAUGCUAAUUGUAAACCCAUCCAAAGCCUUUCAUUAUUCUGACAGCCUUCAUUACCUUCCUGACUUUUUUCUCUAGAAGGGGUUAUAACUCAGGAAGACAGUUACAUGCUACCCUUCCCUGUAAGUUCAGAAUCAAGGUUAAAAUCCUAGUUGUUGGUCCAGACUUAUAAACAGACUGUGCUGUGUGUAUUGGUGAUUGAUUAUUGUGGCAGUGUUCAAGGCUUUAAAUAAGAAAGGUCAGGUACCCUAGAGACUUCUGCUGAAUACCUGAUCAUCUUUUAUAGAAUAAUUUGUAUGCUAGAAACAUGGUGGCUGGUAAACACAGCUGUUCUGGUAAAAACUACUUCAUUCACUUUGUGGGUUAUCUUACAUCUGCAGGUAGAAAAAACAGUCAGACCCUCAGACACAAUUCAACUAAUUAAGCCACUGACACUAGCUGAGACACUACUGAAAAAAAAGAAUAUAUUCAAAAUAAGAAAGUGAUACAGAUUGAGUGUGCUCUAUUCUACUAGCAGGAAAUGUGCAGUGCAAAAACAACACCUAGUGGUCACUGUUUGCCACAUGGGACAAUUGGGAAACAAUAGAGAAAAAAAUUCUUCACAGUGAGAGUGGUUAAACCCUUGAAGAGGUGCCCAAAGAGGUUGUGGAUUCACUGUUGGUGUACAUUUUUGACAGAAUAAAAGAAAAGAGCAACAUCAUAUUACUUUGGAAUUUAGUCCUCCUUUGAUCAGAUGUUUGGACGAGAUGACCUUGAGAACCCUUUCUAAUUUUUGAGGAUUAUAGGAAAUAGUAUAUUCAGGUUCACUUUCCCCAGUGUGAAGUGCACUUGCCUGAAAUAGAAAGGCCGGUUCAUGAGGUGUUAAACACAUGUUGUUUAUCCUUUAAAAUGGUAUAUACCACUCAUGCAUUUUGUCCACAGUCAAAAGAACAGGUACUUGAACCCCUGGCUUCAUUUAGCAAAUGUAUGAAUACCUCAGGAGGGGAUGCAGUAACUCCUCCUGUCUUCUGGAAUGUGUACAUGCUUUAGGCAUCAUCUUUCAUGGAAACUGAGGGAUAAAUUUAACCAGGCAGUGAAUGCCACAGUUCUAGUCAGUUCUGUUGAGGCAGACAUUCAUGGGAUUCCUUUCUUAGAAGAAGAAAGUACAUACUGGAACUGAAAUAUUUUUUGGGGGUAGAAACAGAUUCCAGUCUGAGAGGAACUAGUAGAGUUUUGUAAAGAGGCUACCCUUGGAUAAUUCCAUAGAGUACUUGGGGAUCUUAAAGAUAUCUUUAGGGUGGUUUUAAUGAGUGAAUGCUGUGAGUACUGUAUGUCACGUAGAGUACUGUAAGUCAAAGUAGAGCUAAGUGGUGGAGGAGGUUUGUUAAUUAAUUAAAAGAACUGUAGCUCCUGUGGAGACACCAGUUCUUACUUUUAUAUUGCUCUGUUUGUUGUUCCCCACUGAAGAUUUACAAAUCCAAGAGAACCAGUUGGGAAGUGGCAGUGAGUGGAUACGUAUAUACCACCCACAGCACAUCUUCCAUCCAAAGCUGUCAGUGGUUCUAUACGCAUAUUGCUUCAGAGCAAAACCAAACCCUUGCUUGCAAGUGAUGAGAGAUUUCUAAAAGCUGCAUGAAAUCCUGCCAUAGAGCAGUUCUAGCUGGCUUGUACUGGAACAGAACAAAAAGAUGAUGCUUGAGAAAACUGAAUGUGAGGCUGUCUUCUGACUGGUUCUUCAUUUUGUGGUCUGGCUCAUUUAUGCCCUUCUCAUCAGACUGUUUAUUAUGGUACAAGUCUCCCUAUAAAUGACUCCCAUUGUCUUAUUAAAAAAAAAUGGAAGGAGAAAGGGCAAAAGAGUAUCCCGCAGAAGAAUCUGUACAUUUAAUUUGUCAGGAACAUCCCCACAGAAAGGGAAGUUAGUUAUUUCAAAAUUGUCUAGAUUUUAUCAGGAACAGGGGUUUUGCCUUUUAAAUCAAAACUCACCAUGAAAGUAAUUUUGUUAAAAUGUGACCAUGGAAAAUUUGGUUAUGAUUGCUGGAUAAUAGUCCUGUCACAGCUCCUUAUUCUUCUCAAUCUGUUACUUCAGAGGUUUGUUCAUAGUCAAAGGUCGAUGCAUUGAGCUCAUAGUCACUGAUUUAUUGUGUCAUACACUGUCACAAGUGAUUUUCAAUACUUUUUAUCAAACAUGUUUUAUCAUCAUGUUUUAUCUCUGUGGAAGGAAAUACUAUGCAGCUCAAACAUGGUAGCUUUUUAAAAGUGAUCCAUUACAAAUCCUCUUGCCCACUACUGUCUCAAGUGUUUUUUUCUAGUUUCUACUUUAUGAUGGGAAAAUACGUAGAAAUAUUUUGCUCCAGUCCAGUAUAUGCAGUAGAAUAAUCAGUAUAUGAAAUACCUAAACUCAAAAUCACAAUGCAGCUAGACAAAUCAUGAAUCAACUAAAAUAGAGGUAUAAAUUGUACAUUUAUAAAGAAAAAAAGAAAAAACCUGCAUUUAAGGAUUAUCAGCUCUUAAAUUUCUCCCCUUCCUAAAGGGAAGUAUGUGAGUGUGUGUGAGAGGAGGGGUGUGGGUGUACAUAAAAAUCCAUUGGAAAGCAGGGGAGAAAAUGGAGAGUAGAAAGAAAAGGAAAAACAAAAGAGUAUGGGUCACUUACAACUUGAGAUAUUCUAUGAUUAAAAAAAAAUUUGUUUAGUAAUAACCUGUAUGUUUUUUUGUAGAAUGUAGGAUCCCCAUCAGAAAUCUCCUUCUGCCAGAAGACACACAUGUGCAAGUGAAAUCAUGAUGGCUCAGGUUGUGACCAGAUGAUUGGUUUCGCUGUGCAGUGCCAGAGGUGAGAGUUUUCUUUUAUCAACAGUUACCUUACACAUCAUCUAAUGCAAGGUUCUCCCUUCCACUGGGUUGAGAGGAGAGUAGAAUUUUUUAAGACAAAGAACAUAAUUUUGCAUUAUCAAUGAACAUCAGACUAGACCUCAUGGGCAUGCAAUUUCCUGGGCUCAGGAAGGAGUCCAAAGCUCACCAGGUGGAGUUCUGAACACUGUCUCCAUGAUUUUGACUACAAGAUUACUACGAGACAAAAUGGUACAUAUCCUGAAGGACUUCCAAUUGCUAUCAGUGGAAUUUUACAAGUGAUCAGCCAAAGUGAUUAGCAUCUUAUAGGAAUGAAUGUUGAAUGAAGUUUUGCCCCCUCCACAUGCUUUCUGUAAGAAUCAUACAAGCUAAGAACAUCAAGUCAAAGGACCUGUGGACAGGUCCACUUUCCUGCCAAAACCUUGCGGGGCAAUGUUAUUCACUGCUUGAUACCAGUCUGAAGUAUUUAGGCAUCUCGGGCUGCAGUAGACAUCUUCAGUCAAGUCCAGACUCCAGCUCUGAAAGACAUCACCCUGGAGAUUUCCUUUCACACCGUUGUCAAGCUUUACAAAUGACUGCAUCAGACUGCUAUGUGCGCUUGUGGCUGCCAUCUGCUUCAAAUGGAAAGCUUCAGACCAAAACCAUCAAGAAUUCUGACAACCCUGUCUGGAAUGAGACUUUCUACUUUAGGAUCCAGAGAGAAGUUGAGAACAUUUUAGAAUUGGCAGUGUGUGAUGAAGAUCCUCUCACCAAAGAUGACGUGCAGUUCACAGUUCUUUUUAAUGUUGCUAGAGUCAGACCUGGGGAGACAAUUCGCGAGACAUUUGCCUUGAAAUCAGAGACAGAGAAGUGCGCUAAGAAAUGGGAAAGUUUGGAAGUGGAAUUCUGGAUGGAAAAAAUCCCUGGCCCUCCAGAGCGCCUCAUUACCAAUGAUGUCCUAGUGUCCCGUGAGGUUUGCUGCUUGGAAGUGCAAGUGGACAUUAAUGAAAGCAGGAAAUAUUUGAGAGAGGGUAAAAAUCUCGUGCUUAGCGUGCCUGCCUCUCAUGAGGGAACACGGAAGACUGCGGAGGACACAGAUACUUUCUACUUCCAUUGCUUGAAGGCUUGGGAGCCAAUUCUAAAAGUCAGGCUGCAGAAAGUUUCUGAUAAGGAAGAUGACAACAGCAAUUUAAGUGACACCUUAACAGUACCACUGAAAUAUCUCCCUGUUGGACAUAGAGUGAAAGUAACUCUCCCUGUAAGACAUAAUGUGCCACUCCAUCUGUACCUUCAACUUAAUGAUUGCACAGAAAAACUAGAUGUGCGCUUCGGGUAUGAUCUGUGCCAAGAAGAGCAACAGUUCUUGCAAAAAAGGAAGAGAGUGGUUGCCGGUGCCCUGAAAAGGGUUCUUCAUCUGAAAAGAGAUCUACAUGGACGCGAGGUCCCAGUAAUAGCUGUUAUGGCAACAGGCGGAGGUCUCAGAGCAAUGUCAGCAAUGUUCGGCCACCUCUUAGCUCUUCAGAAGCUAAAUCUGUUGGACUGUGUUACCUAUCUCACUGGGGCUUCUGGCUCAACAUGGACCCUAGCAGACCUGUAUGAGCAUGCUGACUGGUCACAGAAGUCUCUAGAGGAGCCACUUAAGGCAGUAAAAGAAAAAGUGACAAAAUGCAAACUCAAUCUUAUGUCUAUAGACCAUCUGAAGUAUUACCACAAGGAACUCACUGAAAGGGCAAAAGCAGGACAUGUGUCAUCUUUUACAACUCUGUGGUCGCUUGUUCAGGAAAUGUUCUUACAUGAACGGCCAAGAAAGUACAAACUCACAGACCAGCGCAGGGCAUUGGAGCACGGACAAAACCCAUUGCCUUUCUAUGCAGUCCUCAAUGUGAAAGACGAGAAGUGUGGUACUUUCAAAUUUAGAGAGUGGGCAGAUUUCUCUCCUUAUGAGGUAGCCAUACCAAAAUAUGGAGUCUCCAUUCCUUCAGAAUAUUUUGACAGCAAGUUCUUCAUGGGAAGGCGAGUGAAGAAGCUGCCAGAGUCUCGGAUCUGCUAUCUGGAAGGUCUUUGGACAAACAUCUUUACUAGGAAUUUGCUGGAUGGCUUGUACUGGUCCUCAAAUUCAAAUGAGUUCUGGGAACGAUGGGCCCAAGAUAUGGUAGAUAUAGAAAAACAUUCCCCUGAGGAUGAUAUCACUGUCAUCGAGCCUCCAUCCUGUUUGUCAGGGAAGUUGUAUGAAAUGUUUCAGGACAUUAUGACCAAGCGCCCACUACUGGGAAAGUCUCAUAACUUCCUGAGAGGCUUAGAAUUUCAUAAGGAUUAUAUACAUCAGAAAAAAUUUAUUGAAUGGAAAGACACUGUACUGGACGCUUUCCCUAACAAUCUGACACCGCUGCAGAAAUAUCUUUGUCUGAUAGAUGUUGGCUAUUUCAUCAACACCAGUGGUGCAGCACUUUUCAAGCCAGAGAGGAAUGUAGAUGUCAUUAUAUCCCUUGAUUAUGGUUUGGGGAGUGUGUUCAAGCAAUUAGAGAUGACGUACAAAUAUUGCAAGAUACAAAAUAUCCCGUUCCCCAAAGUGGAGCUAAGUGAAGAAGAAAAGAAGAACCCAAAGGAAUGUUAUGUCUUUUCGGAUGCCGAGGACCCCAGAGCACCCAUAGUAAUCCAUUUCCCCCUGGUGAAUGACACGUUUAAGGAAUUCAAGGAGCCAGGGGUAAAGCGUGGUCACUCAGAGAUGGAAGAAGGCAAAGUAAAUCUGGAGAACAGCUGCUCACCCUACUACCUCAUUAGGCUAAUCUACUCCUCUGAAAAUUUUGAUAAACUCGUGAACCUGAGCAAAUACAACAUCCUCAAUAACAAAGACAUGCUCCUCCAGGCAAUCCAGAGUGCUGUAGAACGGAAGAGAAGCAGCAGGACUGGGAAUGUCUCCAGCUACUCUGGAUACCCCUAGGCUGGGUUUUUGCACUGUUUCCUACUGAAGGCUAUGGGAGCACAUUGGAACACAUCACAGUCACAUUGCGACACAUCGCAGUGUUCAUUAUUUGCAGAAAACUGAGGAAACCUGUACAUUUCUCAUCUUGCCUUGUUCAAGCUCCUAACUUUCAAAAGGGUUUAUUUAAUCUUAUUCCCCCAUGUUUUCAGCCCACAAGAGCCUCACACUGUGGUCUUACUUGUUAAGAAAUUAAGGUCCUGGUUAGCAGAGACCUCUCAGGAUCUCCCUGAUGUUAUAUGAUAUGGUGGUGCUAGAUAGUUUCUUUUAUGUGCCUGUCCUUUCAACUCUGAGCCCAUUAUUGAUGUCUUUUCAAUGCUUCAUUACAAACCAAGUCCUGGCCAUUUGCAUUCAGUAAUGUCCAGAUUUUCAGAUAGGCUGAGCAACUUGAAUUUGCACUGAAUUGGUGGGCUCAGCUUUGAAGUCAGGCCAAAGAAUCAUGCAUAUAUAUGUGAACAAUGUCCAAACUGCAACGUGGACAGUCACGUUCUGUCUGGCCAAUUCCCCUUGCUGAUUUAGAAGUUACUCCUUUUUUUUCUGCAAGAGUUCGACACAGAAACGCUACUCCAAAUGCCACAAGAGGGGCAGUUACAUUUCAAGGAGAGAUGAUGUUAGCUGCAGUGAGUGAGUACGGUUCUUUUGAGUGUUGGCUGGAGGAAAAGUUCUGAAUAAAGCGUGAGUAAUUGCAUUGAUUUAUACCAGCAGUGCCUUUAUGCGUUAAAAUGUCAAGAGCCUGAAACAAACUUAUGAUAGCAGAAGCUUGAGAGGAAUAAUUACCAUAGACUCAAGUACAUUUAAUUAAAUAAUCAUGACCAAGCCAUAAGCUGGUGCUCCUUAUGGAUGUAAACUGAAUGUACGACAACAUAACUCACUAGCAGAAUGCAUAGCCAUUGUAUUUUCACAGCCAGAAGAUUUUUACCUUUUACAGUCUUCUAUCCCUAAUGUUACAGACAAAGUAUUUUUAAAAGGUGCUACACAAAAUAGGGCAUGAAAUAAAAAAAGGAAAUUCUCUAUCACGCCUCCUUGUUGGAGGAAAAUAUUUGGAAAAAUAACACCUGGUUUUCAUUUGCUUUGGAGUGCAGUGAGAGAUUUUUGCCUUGAACUAGGAGCUUGGAACAUCUUUAUGGCCUUCCACUAUAUUAAAAAGAUGGUAGGGAAGGAUGCUGAGCAAUAUAAAACAGAGAUCCACAAAAGUGAGAGGAGUUUGCAGACUUCUCUAACAUUGAAGGAUUUGGACCUGCUUCUGCCUUGUUUAUUCUGAACACAGCAUAUUCACCAGGGACCUCCAAGGAAAAUCUUAUACAUUUCUUUCAUGUUGGAAAUUUACUUGAGAUCUAGAAUUAUUUUAUUUGAAAUCCAAAGUUAGACAAAGAAAGAGCAACAGGGUAUAUGCAGGCAGUACUCAAGCUCGAAGGGAGAGCAUUUACAAAGACUUCGUUGCCUGAACCCUGCAUCUACUAAAUGCUGCUUCUGCUGCAAUGGCAAUGAGUAAGUUGUAGUAAUAUUCCUUGUACAAUGCUAAUUUCCUGAGCUAAAGAAUAUCAUGCAAAACCUGAGGAGUAGUAAAAGCUGAAAUGCAACUGUA